AUGGAUCUUCUGGGAGCAGCGGCCCUUUUCCUGGUCAUCUGCCUCUCUUGCCUGAUGGUCCUCUCAACAUGGCGGCAGAUGCACCGCAAAAGCAAGAUGCCACCUGGACCAACUCCCCUCCCCUUCAUCGGGAACCUGUUCCAAGUCAACACAAGUGAUAUGUACCGUUCACUCAUGAAGGUAACUUCAGUUUCAGUUAUCCACUCUCUGCUUUGUUAUUAUCAAAUCGUUUUUAUAUACUGCUUCUGAAUGAAGAUCACUCCAUACAAUCCGCCUGCCCACCCUUCUCUCUCUCUCUCUCUCUCUCUCUCUCUCUCUCUCUCUCUCUCUCCCACUUGACUCAUCAUCUCCUCAUAAUUCUCCUUCCACCGCAUUCUCCAGCUUUUGAUUCUCUCUCUGAGGUGUUGGGGAGAAGCAGUAUAUAUUGAAGGGGACAAAGCAUGUUCCUUUUGGGUUAAUUCCCCCUCCCCUCCAUGGGUCCUAUACCUUCAGGUAUAGGGUGGUAUAGAAAAUUAAUAAUAUAAUAUAAUAUAAUAUAAUAUAAUAUAAUAUAAUAUAAUAUAAUAUAAUACAUAAUAUAAUAUAAUAUAAUAUAAUAUAAUAUAAUAUAAUAACAUAAUAUAAUGAAUAGAAGCUGUCAGCAUGUGACAGUGGCCAGACCCCAGGAAACAGCUUAAACUCACCAGCUGAAACAGGUGAAGGUAUCCGAUGGGUUGCAAACCCUCAGUGAUUUAGGGAGGUGCCUUGUAUGCGACGAUGGGCUGCAGCAGACAGAGACCAACAGCAGGUCCAUCAGUCAAGAAAGCAGUUUCUGCAUGAAGGGAGAAAUGGGGGCAGAAGGGGCUCAUCAACCUGAGAAGGUAGACAAUCUAGGAGAACUCUGACCGUAAACCUCCUCUGCUUCACGGUUACACUCAUUCAUGAGAAAGGAUUCGGGGGGGGGAUCUGGACCCAGAGCCUUGUGAGAUAUCUUUGGGGGAUAAGGAUUAGACCAUACGCAAAUCCAGAGUGGAGUCUGUAAGGUGCUUGGAUGAGGCCUCGUAUGCCUCCUUCCGGCAACUCCUGCAGCCAAACUGUUGCCAAGUGCAUUGCUUUGUUCUCCCUCGGACCACCUAAGUGAGGCUGAGAGGGGGGUCUUGCCGUCUGGGCAGCCCAGGACCCCCCUACACACCGCACAGGCUUGCACCCCAGAGAGGUCACUUUGGUGCUGUAGAUACAGAUUCUCUCACUUCAUUAUUCUGCUUCAUGGAAAGUGGGAAUGGAGGGAAAUGCCAAUAGCUGAUAGCCACAAUGGAUCUGCGUUGCUUCCGCAGUUGGAGGAAACCAGAUUCUGGAAACCACACGGGGGAGAGCGCUCUUGUGUUCAGGUCCAGCUUGAAGGUUUCCCAUAAUGGGCAUCUGGUUGGUCACUCUGAAAAGAGGAUACUGGACUCUAGAUGUGCUCCCUUUUAACCUGACCAGCAGGCUCACCUUGUGUUCUGUUUUCACAGAUUCAUCAGAAAUAUGGUCCUGUCUACACCAUCCACUUAGGCCCUCGCCGUGUUGUGGUCUUGUGUGGAUACGAUGCCGUGAAGGAGGCUCUGGUGGACCAGGCUGAAGAGUUCAGGGACCGUGGAGAGCAAGCCACGUUUGACUGGCUUUUCCAGGGUUACGGUCAGUCUCUUCUUGGGCGAUUCUUGCCCAGAGCACAUGAUUACUGGCAUUUAUAUGGCACCUUUUAGCAAGCUUAGCACCGGAGAGUCUCAAUGGUGGUUCUGUGCCGUGGAUUAUUGUUAUAUCCAUUUUAGGUAAAGGUAAAGGGACCCCUGACCAUUAGGUCCAGUCGCUCAUCUCGCUUUAUUGGGCGAGGGAGCUGGCAUACAGCUUCCGGGUCAUGUGGCCAGCAUGACUAAGCCGCUUCUGGCGAACCAGAGCAGCACACGGAAACGCCGUUUACCUUCCCGCCAUAGUGGUACCUAUUUAUCUACUUGCACUUUGACGUGCUUUCGAACUGCUAGGUUGUGAGGAGCAGGGACCGAGCAACGGGAGCUCACCCCGUCGUGGGGAUUCGAACUGCCAACCUUCUGAUUGGCAAGUCCUAGGCUCUGUGGGUUGACCCACAGCGCCACCCACGUCCCCUUAUAUCCAUUUUACUGAGGAGGUAAAUGAGCCAGAGAGUCUCUCUCCCUCUAUAAUAAUAAUAACAAUAAAACCCCACAUCAUAUCUUAGGCUGUUCUCCCAAAUUCUGAACUUUAAAACUGUACAAGAUUGGAAAAUGAAGGGUGGGUAUCUCUAUCACUGUGUGUUUUCAGCCACAUUCCCACUGAGUGCACCUUCUCCUGUUCCUCCUUCCCUUUACUCCUCCUUUGCUUCUCAGGGAUUGCCUUCUGUAACUGGGAACGGGCCAAACCGCUACGCCGAUUCUCCAUCACGACACUGAGGGAUUUUGGGAUGGGAAAGAGAUCCCUCGAAGAGCGGAUCCUGGAGGAGACCCACUUCCUGCUGGAAUCCCUGAGGGCAACAAAAAGUGAGCUCAGUUUUGGUUUCUUCAAGAAAUGUGGCAUAAUUAUAGAUGGAUGGCAGGUUGAGAGGAGUUCCCUACCAGGACAGACUUUGCUCAUGUGCUCAAGAUAUCGAUUCUUUAAAACAUAUUUUGUUGCACUGUGCGAAGUAUGAGCAAGCCAGGGCUGAACUGAUAUUACCCUUGCCAGUGCGGUGUAGUGGUUAAGAGCGGUAGUCUCGUAAUCUGGGGAACCGGGUUCGCGUCUCCGCUCCUCCACAUGCAGCUGCUGGGUGACCUUGGGCCAGUCACACUUUGAAGUCUCUCAGCCCCACUCACCUCACAGGGUGUUUGUUGUGGGGGAGGAAGGGAAAGGAGAAUGUUAGCCGCUUUGAGACUCCUUAGGGUAGAGAUAAAGUGGGAUAUCAAAUCCAAACUCUUCUUCUUCUUCUUGCUGGUACCUUUCCUGGGAAAAUCAGAGGCUCACUAUGUCAGGUUCCUAUUGGAAGACUGGACAAAUGCUAGAACAUUAGCAGUGGCGAAGUUUUUAUCAGUGGUUGCAACAACCAAUGAUCCCUAUCUUUAAGUCGGAACAAAAUGCUUGUUUAACCUGGAGAUAGGCUGUUUGAAUUGUGCAUUGCUUUGUAAUGAUUUCUUGGGUCUCUGGACCGUAAUAAAGAUUGAUAUGAUAUGAUAUGAUAUGAUAUGAUAUGAUAUGAUAUGAUAUGAUAUGAUAUGAUUGAAACUGUUGAUGGUUAACUGAGAAUUUGAAUGCUGAUAAACUGAAUCUUUUGGUUUAAUUUUGAUGAUGUUCCAUGAAUUGUUACAGAAAGUAGUAAUUGUGGUUCUUAUGUGAAUACUCUUCUAAUUAAUAUUCUGUAAGCCACCUUUAGAUGAACGGCGAGGGAGAAACAGGCAGAUGAAAGAAAACACCAGUAAAGACUGAAUUGAUUUGCAAAGUGUACUUUUGACUUGCUCCAGGGCUGAGUGACUUGGGGGUCUCUCUUUCUAGGUGAACCCUUUGACCCCACCUACACCCUGAGCCGCUCAGUAUCCAACAUCAUCGGCUCCAUCACCUUUGGCAACCGCUUUGAAUAUGAAGAUCAGGAUUUUCUCUCCAUGCUCCGCGUUAUGCUGGAAACCUUCCAGUUUACUUCCACAUCUUGGGGACAGGUAAAUUGGAGGGGAAGUGGAGGACUUAUUUGUGAAUAAUGCAAUUUCUCUUAAUUUACUCAAGGCAUGGUAUGCAGGACAGCCACCACUGUCACUACCCCAAAGACCAGCAGUGGUCAAGAAACAGGGUUAGAAGCUGCAGCAUCACCAACUAAGGACCUAGAUCACAUUCAGGAGUCUGAGUGAGCCUGGCCAACAAAAGCCAAUAUUACAAUCUUCCAUAGCAGCAGAAACUAAGUUCUCUACAAGUGGGCAGAACCUGGGAGAAGCUUAAAAAUGGUUUUGAUAUUUGUUGGAGCAAGCAUCUCACUCUGAGCUCUCCAUGGUGCUGCAACUCCUGUUCUACCUUGCUCUUUGGUCAGGCUCAGCCUGGAGCAAGUUUACAAUGUUGCUUCAACCAGAGCGAAUCUCAGAUUGAGAAACUGAAGCUGCUUGCUUUGUAAGCAAUUCCUCCCCACCCCCUGAUUCUUCCUCCAAAUCGCCUUCCUUGUCACUCAGAGAGGACAAGUCAGGCCCUGAGGUUUUGUCCGUGACAAGUUUAUGGCUUAGUCAGCACCAAGUUAUAUCUGGGUGGAGUCAGGAGUACCUUCUGUUGUUUACAAUGUUGCUUCAACCUGAGAUAAUUCCAGAUUGAGAUAUUGAAGCUGUUGGCUUUGUAAGCAAUUCCUCCACACAUCCUGAUUUUCCCUCCAAAUUGCCUUCCUUUCCCUCAAAGAUGGGAAGUCAGACCCUGAGGUUGUGUCUGUGACAAAUUCAUAGCUUAGUCAGCACCAAGUUCUGUCUGAGUGGAGUGAGGAGCUCCCUCUGUCUGUUCUUCUUGGAGUGACACUUCUCCAUUCUCCCUUCUUUUAAGCCUCCUGUUUUCCCAAACCUUCCAUGAUAACGAGGAACCGAGGGAGGGAGGAACUCCUGCUUCUCCCUGUUACGAUAUAGAAGCAAUGCAGCCGCGAGCUGCUAGCUUGAAAACACAUGAUGGAAUGUUAGGACUGUUCCGUGGGAAACAGAGGGACAGUCAACUCACAGGGCAAUGCACCAGAAUUAGCUCAGAGUCUAAUAUGAGCUCUUCCUUUUGCUCUUGUACAGGAAAUACAGGAAGUGUUUCUCUUUAGACAGCUGGAGUUUGAAGAUAGCAGUCAUGUUUUUUGUAACGCUGCAAAGACAGAAAUAAAGGAAUGUAAAUACGUUUCUGUCUAUUUCUUUCCCCUGCCUGGGGGGGCAGGAAAGAGGGGUGUGUUCUUCUCACGCUGAGAAGGAUCGCCUAUCGCGACCUAGCCUGGAUCCUGCUGGGGAAUGCAGACAGGGAGGUCAACAGGAGAUCAAGCCGGGUGCCUGGAGAGUUGCUAGUUUCUCCUGAUAAAGGCUUGAUUCCCGACACUCCCUGCCCCCAAAAUCCAUUUCAUCUUACUUUGUUCAAUAUCUGUUCUCUGUCUUCCUCCCCCUAACUCUGGAUUCCUCCAAACCCGACACACGCAGCUCUACGACAUGUUCUCCAGCAUCAUGCAGCACCUGCCUGGCCCACAAGAUAAAACCUUCAAGAAGCUGUUGGGCCUGAAGGAAUUCAUUGAAAGGAAGGUAAAAGAAAACAAGGAGACCCUGGACCCCAACAACCCUCGGGAUUUCAUUGACUGCUUCCUAGUGAAAAUGCAGCAGGUAAGAUUAUGUUAUUCUAGUUACUACGAUCAAUUUCUGUGUAAGGAAACUUUAUAGACUUUCUUUCUUUCUUUCUUUCUUUCUUUCUUUCUUUCUUUCUUUCUUUCUUUCUUUCUUAAUAAAUCUUUAUUGAAUUAAAAUACAAAUAUAUACACAUGAAUAUAUACAUACAUAAAGAUAAAAUGAAAAGAUUAAGACUAAAAGAGAGAGAAAAAGAAAAAAACACACACCAAAAAAAGAAAUUUGCAUUAUUAUAUAAUCGUUCAUUAAAUUUCUAAAUAAGAGACUUCCAAUUCUUCUCAUUGUACUUGUAUUGUUAUUUACAUUUAACGCACAGCCUUCUUUUGCCCUAAUUUAUCUUCCUGUACUCUGGUAAAUUAACAUUUACACUGUGUUUUACAAGGAUCAAUUUAAUUCUGCAAGGAGCUUGUUACUUGUACAGUGUGUAUUUAAGUAAUCAUUGAAUAUCUUCCACUCUUUGUAUACUUUCUGAUUGUAAAGCCCUCCUUCUGUCCCCGUCAUCUUUGCCAGUUGUAGGUAUUCAAUUGUAAGAGUCUGCCUUUCUGUUAUCAUGGGUACUGUUUCAUUUUUCCAAAUUCUUACCAUUUAUAUUCUGGCUGCUGUAGUUCCAUACAUAAACAACGGUCUUAUAUCUUUUCCGAUUUCCAGUGUCAUUAUACCUAGGAGGAAGGCUUCUGGCCUUUUUCUGAAUGUAAAUCUAAAUAACUUUUUGAAGUCAUUGUAUAAUUUAUCCCAAAAUUCACGGAUGACUGCGCAGUUCCACGUGUGUAAGUAUGACCCUGUCUCUUUUUUGCAUUUCCAGCAGAUUGGUGAUCUGCCUUUAUACAUUUCGCAAGUUUUGCUGGAGUGUGGUGCCAUCUAUAAAUAAUUUUCAUUACAUGUUGGAUAGAAACUAAGUGGUUUCCAGCUGUAAUGCUUUAAGAGAUAUGAAAAAAGGUUUAUAAAUGGGUAAAAGCUUAAUGGUAAGGAUUUGCUGAACUAACAAACUGAACUGGAAUACAAAAAAGGGAGGUACGAGGAGGUCCGGGGAAAUAAGUGUAAGGAAGAUAUGCUAUGGAAAAUUAAUGUGUUUUUAACUGUUUUUAUUUUGUAUGUUUCUUUUUAUUUUUCAUUUCUUUGUUAUACCUUAAUAAGGGGUUUUUUUUUAUUCUUCUUGCUGUAUUUUGUAUUUUCUUGUAUUUUUGUUUUUUGUUUUUGUGUAAUUCUUGUAUUCUUUGAAAUUUUAAUAAAUAUCAUUUUAAAAAAUAUAUAUAUAAAUAAUUUUCAUUACAUUCUCCCUAAGCUUAUAGCACGCCGGGAAUUUUAUGGAUGGCUUUAAAAGAAGAUUCGACACAUUGAUGAGGAGAGUUCUAUUGAAGACUACUGGCUAGGAGGGCUGUGCCCUGCUCUCCGCAGUUGGUUGCAACCAUGCUUCUGAAUACCGGUUGUUGGAAACCACGGGAGGGGAGAGGACUGUUGUGCUUGAACCCUCCUUCCCAGUGGAUCAUCUGGUUGGCUGCUGUGAGAACAGGAUGCUGGACUAGAUGGGCCUGAUUCAGCAGGCACUUCUCCUUUGCCUCUGUAGCCUUUCUGCACAAAGGGACUGCGUGGUUGCUCCCUCCCACUCCACCCAACCCUCUGUUUCCCACACAAUCAUUGGGCUGCUUUUCAGCACUCCACAACUGACCCUUCCCCUCAUUGCAUGACAUCACUGUAGCUCAGCCAAUCCGUAGGGGAGAGAGACCUUCAUAGAUAGGAGGCAGUCAGAUUGUAGCCUAUCGCAAAAUAUAAUAUGUGAAAUAUCCUCUUUUCUCGUUUUCCUUCUUGCUAGGAAAAGGAAAACCCAAACUCAGAGUUCUUCCUAGAGAAUCUAAUUAUGACAACCCUCAAUGUCUUCUUUGCUGGCACGGAAACAGUCAGCAGCACCUUGCGCUAUGGCUUCCUGCUUCUACUGAAAUACCCGGAAAUUGAAGGUGAAUGCGGAAGUAGCUGUAAAGGAGGGUGGAGAAAUCUCUUUGUUUUUGCCAGUUAUGAAGGUGCAAAUGGACACUUUUUGUCACAUCCUGCUGAUUUCUCAACAGAGAAGAUCCACAAAGAGAUUGAACGUGUGAUUGGCCUGAAUCGCAUUCCCAACAUGGAUGACCGUCCCCUGAUGCCCUAUACGGAUGCUGUGAUCCACGAGAUCCAGAGAUUCGCUGACAUGCUCCCUUUGGGGUUAGCAAGACGUGUGACCCGUGAUACCCAGUUCCGGGGAUACACCAUUCCCAAGGUAUUUUGGUUUCACUCAUUCCUGAGACUUAGACUCCACCGUUCAGUACAAUUUCCAGACAUGGUUUGUGAGCUAACAAAUUCCUCUGAGGCACCUCUAUCUCUGACCUGUCUGCCAUUAUCAUUGUGGGGGUAUCCAAGCAAAUCCAAAAUAAGACCUGAAGAGCCCAGCCAGAUGACGCGAUGUUGGUUCCACAUCUUCUAGUGCUACCUUCCCCAAAGGAGUAGUGGUGGUUAUGGAGCUUAAAGGGGUUAAUUCUAACCCUCUAAAAGCCAUUUCCCCCUUCCCUUCUCAUCAGAAAGAACUCUUUGAUGGUAAGAGCUUUGAGGCUGUGGAAAGGGCUCCCUCAGAAGGUGGUGGAAUCUCUUUCCACCAAGGUUUUUCAACAGAGGUUGGAUGGCCAUCUGCCAUGGAAGCUUUAGUUGAGAUCUCUUCAUCACAGGUGGCUGCACUAGAUGGCCCACAGGUCCUUUCCAGCUCUACAAUCUAUGGUUCUAAGAUUCUCUCCCUCUCUUGGUCAGGGGACUGAAAUCUUCCCUGUGCUUGGAUCUGUGCUGAGAGACCCCAAAUAUUUUGCAAGGCCAGAUGCGUUUGACCCCCAACAUUUCCUGGAUGAGAACGGGCAGUUCAAGAGGAAUAAGGCUUUUAUGCCAUUCUCCGUCGGUGAGUGAGUCCUCUUCCCUUUCCAAGCCACUGCCGAGUCGUGUCUAACAGCCCCCUGAAAGCCUGUAUUCACCUUCCUCCUCUUUCCUAGGGAAACGCUAUUGCUUUGGGGAGCACCUCGCUCGGAUGGAGCUCUUCCUCAUCCUCACCAGCAUCCUGCAGAACUUCCGCUUCAAAUCUCCCAUCCCUCCUGAAAAGAUCAACAUCUCUCCCAUGCUGGUUGGCUUUGCCACCCUUCCGCAUUUUUAUGAGAUGUGUGCCAUUCCCCUCUGA